AUGGCAAAUGGCGCUGAAGUGGUCGGAAAGGUGCCAAACCCCAAUGCUGGACAGCCUCAUUUUACGACAGCAAGUGAGGUCGCCACAAUGGAAUUUGUUCGCAAUAUUUUGGGUACUCCUGCUCCAUGUGUUCUAGCCUGGAGUUCGAAAGCAGGCGAGAACGCUGUUGGUGCCGAAUACAUCAUCAUGGAAAAGGUUGGGCGUAUCCAGCUAGGUCAUGCCUGGGACAAGAUGGGCAUCGAAGAUAGAUUUGAAAUUUGUAGUGAUGCGAUGAAAGAGGGAGAGAGUUGUCAAUUCCUGAAGGGCAGAAUGCCCGACUAUCUAGUUAUGGGGGUUGGUGCCUGCCGGGCUGAUGGUCAGGUGACCACCAUGUCCAAUAAAUACAGAGCGAUAGCACUCAUGCCAAACAGCCUCAUUUUGCCAUUGGGCCAUCGACAGGUCGAGAUCAAGCUGAUCAUGGAAUGGUAUCGAUUGAUUUUGACCGCGGACCAUGGGAUGAUGCCCUUCAAUAUCGUCGCGCAGUGGGUUUCCGAGAGAUGCACGCGCAAAAUCUUGCAGGACCGAAGGAUCCUCAAUCCAAACCAGAUUAUUCUCCACCUUCAGAUCUGCUGA